UGUUUGACUAUGCAGCAGGAUAACGUUGCUUAGCUAGCUGGGUCACUUGCUAGAAAGCUACGCGAUAGCAUAGCUAACCUCAUUCUGCGAUACAACCUCGAGACAAGUCGGGACAAGACCAGUCUCAGGGCUCACCAUACUCAAUGAGCGGACAGCGCAAUGUCAGAGCGCUCUGGGCAAACUGCAAAGGGGAAGGAAGGCAAAACCAAGUAUGCGUCUCUCAACCUGUUUGAUACAUACAAAGGAAAGAGCCUUGAAACACAAAAGCCUGUUGUUCCCCCCCGCCAUGGCCUGCAGUCUCUUGGUAAAGUUGCCUCCGCACGGCGUAUGCCACCCCCUGCCAACCUGCCCAGUCUGAAGGCAGAGAACAAAGGCAACGAUCCCAACGUCUCGCUCGUUCCCAAAGACGGCACAGGAUGGGCAAGCAAACAGGAACAAGCGGACCCAAAGAGUACCGAUGCAUCGUCAGCACCGCAGCCGGAAUCGCAGCAGCCUGUGGCUACACCGACACCUGCACCGACCCGCCCGAGAACCCCGCCAGCUUCAGAGGCUCUGGCCCCAACUUCAGCCCAGGCCGUAGGGGCAAGGUCCUGGGCACAGGCCAGUGUUACACAUGGAACACAAGGGGAUGGUGGAAAGGCAUCAAACCUACCGUCGCCAUUCUCUCGCGAGGAAUUUCCCACCCUGCAGGCGGCUGGCGACCAGGACAAAGCUGGCAGAGAACAGGGCACUGCAGAUCAGUGGUAUGGGCCCGGACCAAGCCUCCGCCCCCAGAACGUUACAAGUUGGCGGGACGGUGGGGGCCGAGCCCUGGCGCCCACCCUGUCUGGGGAGGGGGCAGCGGAGGGUGGCACUUGUGGGGCUCUGGUGAUGGAUGGGGCAGCUGGGGUCCCCCCUCCGAACUCUCAGUCCCACGGGCCACCUAGGAACCCUCCCGCAGGCAGCCCCGCCUUGCCCCUGCCCCAGCCUCCCGUGGGGCCCGGGUUCCCACAAUACCGGGGGAUCAUGCCUCCCUUCAUGUAUUCUCCCUACCUGCCCUUCCCGGCCCCCUAUGGCCCUCAGGGGCCCUACAGGUACCCAGCACCUGGGGAAGGGCCUGCUCCAAGGUUCUCUCGUGGGCAGGGGGGUCCUGACAGCAGGCCUCAGGGUGGCCCACGUGACGCAGGCGGAGAGAUGGUGAAGCGACCCUCCAUCCUAAAGCAGGAUGACCUGAAGGAGCUAGAUGAGCUGGACCACGAUGGAGAUGAGGGCUGGGCAGGAGCUCAUGAGGAGAUCGAUUACUCCGCCAAGUUGAAGUUCAGUGACGAUGAAGGAGACGAAGAGGUUGAAGAGGAGAGAACCGAGAGCAAGAAUGACUUGCGUGAGCAGCAGAGGUCCCAGGAUGCCCCUGCUGCAACGUCUCGCUCUCGAGCCUCAGACAGCGGCGGCGACACCCGCCGCACUCCUCCUUCUAAUGCUGACAAUGGCCCCCAACCCCCCUCCAGCAAGCCAGGAUGGGCCGAGGAGGGAGGCAGUGGCUGGGGGGGCCAGGGAGCACCAUCCAACUAUCAGGACCGGUCUCACAACCAGGGUGCUUCUCAAGGCCCAGGGAAGCCUGUCCCUGCCCCGCUCCAGCCAGCAGCAGGAGGCCCCUCUCCUCCCGCCCAGCCAGGCCUGCUGGUCCCCGGACCCCAGGACAAUGAUGAGGAUGAGACUUGGCGUCAGCGCAGGAAGCAGUCCUCUACUGAGAUCUCUGCUGCUGUGGAGAGAGCACGUCGACGCCGCGAGGAGGAAGAACGUAGGAUGGAGGAGGAGAGACGCGCGGCCUGCGCCGAGAAGCUGAAGAGGCUGGAUGAGAAGCAGCAACAGCAGCAGGGCAGCAACACAGGAGGAGGUGGUAGCAGCAGCAUAAGCCCCAGCCUCGAUGGAAACUCUACAGCUGCCACGGCAGGCAGCCCCAGUCCAUCUAUUUCAGCAUCUGCAUCCUCGCCCAACAUCAGCCAGCCCCCAUCCCCCUGUGUGGACCCCGAGGAGCCUCCGGCGCUGGUUGUCCAGCCGGGUUCCAGUCCAGGAGUCAGCGACCGACAGCGAGCAAGCAGCAACAGCAGCUACGACUCUAGUGCUGAAGCCCAACAGUGUCCGCAGCCAGCUGUGUCGCAGCCACAGCAGCCCACGCUGGACGUACCUUUACCAGGAGAAAUUAAGGAAGAGACCAUGGUCGGUCCACACAUCCGUGCAGGAGGUGGAGGUGAAAGAGGAGUCGACCCAGUGAAGAUAGAGAAUAUUGGAGGGGGAGCAGGUCGUCAAGCUGGUGGUCCUCCCGGCCAGGGUUACUCAAAGUACCAGAAGUCUCUUCCACCUCGAUUUCAGAGGCAGCAGCAGGAGCAGCUCCUGAAGCAGCAGCAGCAGUGGCAGCAGCAACAGCAGCAGCACAGCCAGGCAUCACAAAGCCAGCUGUCCCCCCAGCCCCAGGCUCCACAGGGUCCUUCACCAGGUUCAACACCCCAGCCAGGACCUGGCCCCAAACAGGGUGGAGCCAUGUAUCAACCCAGCAACAUGGUCCGACCUCCGCCCCUGCCAAUGAAUUUCGACCCUCGCUGGAUGAUGAUGCCCUACAUGGACCCCCGCAUGAUGCAGGGCCGGCCUCCGCCUAUGGACUACUACUCAGCAGGCAUGCACCCGUCAGGGCUCAUUGGACGUGAGCGGUCUGAUUCAGGGGGAUCUGGUUCAGACCCCUUUGACAGGCAGCAGCAGCAUCCGGGGCACCCACACCGCGGGACCCCCCCAAUGGAUCCUAAGCUGGCCUGGGGGCAGGAGGUGUUCCCUGGCGGAGGGGAGGGCCGAGGGCUAACUUCCCCUCUCAGGCAGAAGCAGGCGUUGGAGGAUGAAGAUGUGGCCAAAGGGCCGAGGAGCGACACUCCUCCACACCGCAUGCGAGAAGGUGGAUUGGGACCCAUCCAGCAGCCCAGCUCCACCUCUGGGACUUCCAACCAGACUCCACCUCCUGUUGGCACUCAAGUUGGGGCGCAGGGUGGCGGCCACCACCCUCAUCACUACAUGAGUGGGCGGGGCAACUACAGCAACUUCCCUGACCAGGGAGCAAGGAUGCAUCCCCACCAACAGCAGCAGCAGAGGGCGGAGAGGGGGAACCAGCCGCAUGGCUACACCCACCAGGAUGACGGGCCUCCACGUGGGUCUCAGCAGGGACAGAUAUGGGGAGCCCCGCACCCUCACUACGAUCGCAACGGUCGUGCUGAUCACCCGCCUGUUGAGAGCAACUCUCAUCUCCACCACCACCACAGCCACCACCCUCAGCAGCCUCACUUCCCGCUCCACCCUCAUAAGGCAGAGAACAGCCGGGACAGGGUCGUUGAGGCCCCCGCAAAGAAGACAGACUCUUCUCCUCCAAUCCACCAACCCUCCCUCUCAUCCUCAUGCUCCUCCUCCUCCUCAUCCUCUGCCAGGGAAGAUGGGAACGUCAAAGUCGCCCUGCAUCAUCACCCAUCACAGAGAGAGGGUGAAGUUGGUGUCGGGCACAGUCACAGUGAAAGAGGCAACAGUGGUGGAGCCGGCAGUAGCAGCCAUGUGAAACAGGAGAAAACAGGCCCGGCGUAUGCUCCUCACUCCUCCAUGACCACGAGCCCACCUCCCGCUCAACAUGGCAGUCACACGCAGCAGCAGCAGCAGCAGCAGCUGCAGCAGCAGCAGCAGCAGCAGCAUCCCCAUCCCAAAGCAAACCAAAGAGGGGGCCGGGAGCACAAGACAGAGACCCAGUGGGGCCCACGCCCCGGCAGCAGCAGCACAGGUGGAGGGUCUCAUGGUAGGAGGGCCAACAAUGCAGGAGGUGGCAACAACCCCCGAGGAGGGGAGGACUCCUCCAACACUCCAUCGGACCACAAACCCUCCAACCAGACAGGAGGCAGCAACGCCAACAAGAGGGCCGGCCCUAUCAAGAAGCCGGUGCUGAAGGAGAUGAAGAGAGAUGGAGGGGAAGCUGAUGGAGGAGAGAAAACAAGCUUUGGGAAAGAUAAAGAGAAAGAUGGAGGCCAACCCAUGUCCAUGAAGCAGGAAGCCUCCUCCACCUCCCAGAACACAUCAGCUCCAUCUAAAGACGAGUCAGCUCAGACAUCCAAACCCAGGAAUGGAGGAAAGGAACGAUCCUCAGGAGGAGGAGGAGGAGGAGGAGGAGGAGGCGGGGGCAGCUCAGGCAGAGGGCCCAAAGACGCAGACACAGCUGUAGGAUUUUCGGGGUCCUCCUCCAGGAGGGACAGGGACCGCUCUUUUGAGAGAGGAGGCGGCGCCUCUCACCACCAUGGAGUCCCCGCCAAAGGCAACAGAGCCAGUCGUGGAAGAGGGGGGGAGUUUUACGGCCGUGGGCGUGGUUACCGCGGCACCUAUACUGCUGCUGCUGGGCCCACUGGUGCCAGUCGGGGCAGAAUGGGUGGCAGGAGUGGCAGAGACUACCGCUCAUCUGUUGGGAGUGGCCACCACCAUGAGAACAAAAGCGAGGGCGGUGGUGGCAGGCACGGUCAGGAUCGGUCCCAGCAUAACCCGGCGAGGGCCAGGAACCGGAGUGAAACCCGUAGCGAGGGGUCAGAGUACGAGGAAAUCCCCAAGAGAAGGAGGGAGAGAGGCUCAGAGACUGGCAGUGAGAGCGGUGCGAGCGAUCUCGGUCACUCAGACAAGGAAGAAAACCAGAAACCCAACACCAAGAACGGCUCCGAUAACGCCAACACCACCGGGAGUGGAAACAUGUCGUCUGCUCCACCCAGAGGCCCCCAGGCCCGGGUCUUCACCCCCAGGGGCGUGCCCUCCAGGAGGGGAAGAGGUGGAGGUAGUGGAGGAGGAAACAUCUACAGGAGUGGUGGGAAUGUUGGAGGACCACCUGGGGGACACAGGGUCGGACCCAGCUCAGCGUCUCACGGCGGGUCCUCCAAGUCGUCAUCUUCAGCCCGAAAGCAGCAAGGCCCGCCUCAAAGCUCGGGACCCAAAGACACGGGCCGCGAGAGAAAUGGAGGAGAGAAGAAAGACAAGAUAGCUGAUGCAAGUCAAACUCAGAGUCAGGGGGCCAAUCCCCCGCAGCCGUCUUUACCGGCUGCGCCUCCGCCCACUUUGGGUUCCACUGAAAAUGGAGGAGUUGUGACUCAGCAAGCUUCAACCAACGCAACGCCAAACUCUGGAGGGCCAAAUGCGCUUCCUCUUCCUGCUAACCGUGGGUUCCCUCCCAGCGGGUUUGAGCGACCACCUAGACGUCGCCGUCACGGGCGGUCCCAGCACCAGCAGGACAAGCCCCCCCGCUUCCGGCGACUGAAGGAGCGAGAGAACGCCGCACGCAUCAACGGAGGAGUGGGGGUCAUCGGAGGAGGAAGGCCCUCCUCUCCUUCCCUGAACUCAGUUCAGGACAGUAACGGAGCCCCCGUCUCUGCUCCCGUCACGGCCAACGCCCAGAAUGCUAACCACAACCCCACACUAACAACCAACAGUAACAGCGGUGGCGGCCAUCUGAGCAAUGCAAACAGUCACCACCAUCACCACUACAACCAGAGCAACGCCGGGCAGCCCCACGCCCAGCACCACCACAGCCACGGUGCUAAGUCCCCCGACUUCACCAACCAGAACUCGGACCAGGCCAACGAGGAGUGGGAGACCGCCUCCGAGAGCAGCGACUUCACAGAGUUCAGAGACAGGGAGGGUGGAGGAGGGAAGUCCUAUUCCUCUCACCACCCCCACCACCUGGGGAGGGGCGGAGGGGGUGGCGGAGGUGGAGGCGUGGUCGACCGUGACAUGACGGGAAAAGAGCCCUCUGCGAAUAAAAGAAGCUUCUCGAGCCAGCGACCUGGCAUGGAGCGGCAGAACCGGAGGGUCAACCCUGGAGGAGGUGGAGGCGGAGGGGGAGGCAGAGGCCCACGAGGCCCGCCCGGUGGCGGCUCCGGCGGCCCCGGGAAUGGAGGCGGCAACCGCGGGGAGAAGCGUGGCAACUGGCCCUCCCCUAAAAAUAGAAAGUGAUGAAAUAUUUGUAAAACAUUUCAGAUGAACCCCACCCACAUUAAAACCAUCCUCUUACAUCUUAAUCCCCUUUUGAUAAUUACGUCAUGGCUUAUCUGUUGGCAUCCCAAAACAUAUUAGUGCAUUGUACAGUACAUGGAGAUGGUAUUCACACUCACGUUAGCGCCUCAACCCGCCCCGGUCACCUCUUUCCCUUUGCAUCAAUCUACUAUCUACCGUCCGUUAUUGUAAAUUUCUCCAUUUGUUCCGUCUUGCUCUCCGUUCAGUUGUUCCCCCCCUUCCUCCCCUUUUACCUCCCCUCGAGAGUCUCACCCCAGUUGGAUUUGACAAGCAUGUGGUUCUGCAGAUGGGAGGUGCACGUCGUUUUUGACCGAAGACACUCACACACACACACACUCACAUAUACAAGCACAAAUAUGACAUCUUUACACAGAACACAUGCGGUCAUGUGGGUGCAAAAUGAAAACAAAAAAAACCAAAAAACAGUGGGAUUAAAAUUGGCAAAAAUGUUUGGAUCGGGCUAAUUUUUAUAUUUAUGUACCUGUGUAUAUUUCUACCACACUUUGGCCUUGGGUGGUAUUCAGUAGUGCAGUUCUGCAUUGCUUCCCUCACAAAGGGAAAGAGUGCAGCAGCGUCAUCUUUUAACAAGAACAAUGUACCAUAAGAUGUUUUCUCUUUGUGUCUUUUUUUUUUUUUUCGUGUCAGUUGAGUUUGAGCCUCUGGGAAUUGUUAGGGGUGUGUGUUUUUUCUUCUAAAAAAGCAGGUCAUUAAAAAUACCUUUUUACUAAACCCCCCCAAACUCCUCCUUUUGCUGACUUUUUGGUCUCCUGCAAACUCUGUCUGACUACUGUGAUUGAAGUACUACUGCUCAGUGCUCACCUACACUUUGAUCACAUUGUCUUUAAUAUCAAUGUUUCUGCUGCUUGUUCAGAUAGACGGUGUGGUUUUUCUUUUUUUUUCUCCCCUCCGCCCCCCACGUUGUUGACCUGCUCUGACAUUUCAUUAGCUCUUGAUUUUUGGGAAAUAAAGGCUUUUUUUUUAGCCUCAUCGUAGCAUCCUCCUCCUUACCUGCAUAAAUUUUCCCAAAGUUUUACUCUCAUUCGUGAGUUUUGUUUACCCUAUGAAGACUGUAAUGAUAGCUUGAUGGCUUUAUUUUAACAACCAUUAUUUCCUCAGCGACUUACAUUUUUUUUUUACAAAAACACUUUUUUCUCUCUAAAGUUGAUGAAUCUUUUCAGGAGGGGGGAAUAUGUUGAAGGGAAACUUUGGCAUUUUUCAACCUGGAGUUUAUCUUCCCACGUUUUUGUUUCUGUGACCGAUGUGAACAACAACAUCUGAAAUUGGUCCACUAUAGAGAGAUACAUCCGGCAGCGGCAAAAAAGGGUGCACUGUCACUGUGCGUGCAUUGAAAGUGGUUCAUUUUGCCACAGACAGGCUCUAAUUGUUAUUCUAAGUGUCUGUUUACUUUAAGCUUGAUCUGGUCUCUUGUUUUUGUGUCAGUGGUCGCUCAAGGAGAAGUCUCGAUCUGAUAAGCAAAUAAAUGUGGACAGUCAUUAAAUUCAAAGGCCUCAUUGACAUUGUCGAAAUCUGCAAAAUAAUCAUCCAAGACAUCCACAAAAAUUUUUAAGAUAACACUAAACUAUACAUAAUUUACUCCAACACCUUGCUGUUCCUUUGCGUUUCCAGAGUUUUCUUCCUGCAACAAGUCACGUCUCAUGAGAUUUUAGAACAAGACCUCAUCUUUAGCGAGACUUAAGCCGAGACCAAAGAUUCACGAGAAGACGAAACCUUUUUAGAUCAUUGCAGAGAGAAGUUGCAGCUGAGUGAACCGGCCGGUCCGAGCUCGACUCAGGCCGGCUGAUGGAGUCACCUGCAGCUCAGCUGCUCGAAUCACCAGUUUUUAGAACAUUUUCACCUGUUUUAACAACUAAGCGCCUUGUAGCACAGUCAGCUGGCCGAGUUAAAAGAAAACAGACUCAGAAGGCGUGUUUGCCUGCUGCUACAUUCUCUGUCCCUGCUGAACCGUCCGUCCUCACAGUGUGCCGGACAGCGGGUCGCUGCUCGCCGCUCGCUGCUCGCUGCGUGUGCUCAUGUCAUUCACAUUAACAUUAACUGAUUAAUCAGCACUGCUUAUUGGAGUCAUUGUGGCAUAUUUAUAAUGAAUCCUGUGAAGCUGAUGCUUAGGUCAUUUUGUUUAUGUUGGUGUUUCAUUACUGCAAGAAAUGCAACUGUAGCAAGUAUCUCACUCCAGAAGCUACACAUUAUAUUCAGUCAAAAAAUGAGCCUGAAAAGCUGGAAAUCAGAACAAAAAGUACCGAGUUGUUGGAGAUGGUGCAUCGUUUUGUUGGUGUGAAGCAGGAUUUGAGAAUGUUGCAGACUGGUGCAUUGCAAGUCGCUGAAUGUUUCAACUCGUCUCGGUGCGAAUCUUUGGUUUGAGCAGAGCUUUAGACAACGCUUAACAACGCUGUCUGUACUCAAACAAAACGCGCUGAUCACGCGCUCGUGUUUUUAGCGUUGUCUUCUUGCAACAAGUCACAUCUAAGCAAGACUGAGAGAAUAAAUCAAGGUAGAGGGACUCGUUCUAACGGACGUACCAUGAUGGUGUACAGUUGCCUUAUCUGGUUACACUGAGAGCCUUUUGGCUGCAUCUCUUUCUUAAUACUGGACUCUUUUUUUUUUUUUUUAAUUGUUCCCGUCAGUCGCUUAGCGAGAACAAUGUGGGAAAAUAUGAUCCAGGUUGCAAAAUUUCAAACUUACUCUGUAAAUGAAAAUGUAGGUCGUGAUUGAAUUAAGAAAAAACUUUCAUAAAAAUUGUUUAUGCUUCAAUAGGUAAUUGAAUAUGUAAAGCACUCCUUGUAGUAUAAAAAAAAACAUGGUUGCUGUUUUUUUUUUUUUUCCUUGUGUUUGGUUUUGGGCAAGUUACAUGUGAUGCAACAGGACAGGUACUCUGUCUGGGCCCAGAGUACAGAGCUAGGCUGAGUAUUGUACUAUUACACCCCCGUCUCUCUCUGUGGAGACUCCUCACACCAAGAAAGGACUACAACCAAGAGCUCCUUGUCUGAGGAAGUAUUUCGGGAUGGCUGUUUCAGUACACGGUGGCAACCAGAAGCCCAAAAGAAUUGAAUCCAGGACAAUGCUGUUAACACGGUUUCAAAGAUUUCACUCUAUAGCGCCGAGCCGGAGCGUAGAGGAAAUAUUGGAUUGAUGUAGGAUUUCACACGUAGUUUGUAUAAGAGACAUAAAAUGGCACGCGGAGGACGAACUAAAAUUCAUGCAUCAAUUCUGUCACUGCUGUAAGUUGGGGUUUGUUUGUUUACUGACAACAGUUUGAAGAUCGUCUCUGGGAUGUCGUGCGUAGGGCAUUGGAUGAUUUGUGUGCGUGCUUGUGUGUGUGUGGCAUGUGUGCGUUUAUCGGUGUUUGUGUAAUAACUUCGGGGACGGGGUGGGGGACCAGAACAUGAAUGGCAAGCACUUUCUGCCUUGUUUGCCCCACACUUGAUUUAAAACUGAUAUUAUUAAGACAAUUCUACUGUUUUCUUAAAUACAUCCGCAUAUAUACAUUCAGCUGUGUGUAUACGUUCAUGCAGUGGAGACAUCACCCGUUUAUUUUGUGUGUGUGCGUGUGUGUAAUUUAAUCAUACAUUCUUCAACAGGCAAGCGAAGUUGGACAUAUUUUAUUUUCUCACUUCUAAGCAUGAACACACGCCCAUGGGUGCAGCUUGCCUUGCCUGUUAACUGGUUUAUACAUUGAUAGCUGUACACUUAACACUGGCUCAAAGAGUCCUUCAUCCCUCCUUAACUCUUAAUGUUGAUGUGCGCAUUAUUUUAUGUACCCAUGUUAAAAGAAAACAAAAGUAGUGUAUUCCAGAAGAAAAAAAAGAAAAAAAAAAGAAAUACGCAAAGAUUGUACUAUGUUUCCAGCAUUACCAAGGUACCUGGAGUGGUUCAAACUGUUUUUUAGCAUUUAUGGUUUUAUUAAUGGAACCGUAAUAUACACACAUGUAUGUAUAUUGGUAUGUAUCUAAGUUUUGUCUACCCCAACUUACAUUCCCACAAACAAAAUGUUGCCAUUUUUAGUUCAAGGGAGCAAUGUACAAGCAGAGAAGUGUCUUAUUAUAAUAAAGUUAUACAGAGAAGGCAAAGUUAAAUAAACUACUUUUGAUUUAAUGGAAAA